GUUUCAAUCAAGAAAGCUUCUGGGGUAACUUAGAAGGUAUUCUGUUAAACAUCAGAUAACUGUAAUGAAGGAUAAGAAGAAGAAAGAAGAUCGAUCAGUGCCAGGAAAAUUGGAUUUUGAUGCUGUAAUCUUUGAAGGGAAGUCCUUAGAAACAUGUAUGUUGGUGCUAAAAAGUACUGAAGAUCCAGUUAUUAUCAAGGCAUUGUCAUCUAUUAAUAACUAUGCUGUCAAAGCAGUGGAGAAUUUACAAAAAUUAUAUACGGUUGGCCUUAUUGAGAUACUUUUUCCAUUAAUCCAACACAAUGAUAUCUAUGUAAAGCGUUUCAGUACAAAAAUAAUCGCAGAGAUGUGUUCAGUGGAAGAUGCUAAGAAUUUUCUGAUUUCAUCUGGCGAACAUGUGAACUUAUUCAUGGAAAUGCUUCAAAAGGACACUGAUGUUGUAGUGCAGGAAUUUUGUUCCUUAGUACUUGCAGAACUGUCAACUGUGCAUGCUGUUUGUGCAACCUUAUUAGAUAGUGAAAUACCACAUGUGCUUCUUAUCAGGAUAACAUCACCAGAUCCUGAUGUUCAGAAAAAUUCAUUGGAGUCUCCAUAUGUUCGACCCCUCAGUCCUUGGUACAGCUUCUGAUCUUGGUAAUAACUACAUUCAGUCUUUGGAAAAAAAUUACAUUCCAGUUUACUUGCAGUAAGUUUGGAACUGAAAAUGAAAAACAGAAUAUUGGUUCUAAUGUUUUCAGCUGGAUUCCAGCUCUAAUCUUCAGUUGAAAUAUAACUUUGGGAGAAUAUAUUUCACUAUCUUUUAAAAUGCUGUUCACUAUUGGCAGGUGUAACUCUGUAUUAAUCUAAUUGUAAGUCCAUACAUUAAAACUUUGUCACCCAUAGAUUCUUGCAUGUCACAACAUUUAUAACAUUCAAACUCGAAGAAAUGUAGCAGAAACACAAUUUUUGCUGAAGUGUUCCAUAUAUGCAAAAACUGGAACUUUCCACAUUAAAACUGUACUGUGUUAACAUCACAAGAGUAUUAUGAGAACUAUCCUCACCAUUCCUUAUCUAAUUUUACAGUAAUGUGUAACAUAUUUUUGCAUUGCUGUAUACAUGAAUUUUAUGAAAUUACAUUUAGAACUUUGCAGAUUUAAUGAGUUUUGAAAUGAAAAAGUAUGGUAAUGGUAUGUUGUAAAGUUUAGGCCCAAAUAAUACUUUCACUAACACACUGAUGAUGUUAUGUGGCCUUACAUUAAAUUAAUCUCACUUACAAUGUUACAUUUUAAAAUAUAAAUUACUGCAAAAUGAUGGCAAGUCAGAAGAGGCUACCAUGUCAUCAGUAUACUUGU